UGUACACACGCGGCAUGCCGCCGGCGUCCGGCACACUCCCGAAACGUCGCUCGACGCGUGCGCACGUGUGCGCCGUCGCAUGCUCGCACUAUUGAUAAUUACGAACUUUACUGAAACUGAUAAGAAGUUACUUUGUCUUUAACUUUGAUUAAUUUGUGUGAAUCUGUGAACCGUGUUUUGUGUGUGUGAAAAUUGUUUUUAAAAUUUACUAGGCCUUAAUAUCGCAAAAGACUUAUUUGAGUGAUUACUGCCAGUACGAUGGAGUACCAUAGACAUAUGGAAGCUUCUCAUCAGCAAAAUCAGCCGAGCCAGUGGAAUUAUGGCUGGGGGCCACCAGCGCCUGCACCUCCAGCACCUACCUUAGCUCCUGCGCCGGCUCAAAGGAACAAAAGGACACACUCUGAAAGCGAAGAUGAUGCCUUUUCAGAGGAAAGCAGUAAGGACGCUACAUCGCAAGGUGGUGAUUCCUGUCAGUUAAUGACACGGAAACGGAGACGAGGUGUCAUAGAAAAGAAGAGAAGAGACAGAAUAAACACUUCAUUAACAGAACUAAAGAGACUGGUACCAGCUGCAUGUGAGAAACAGGGCUCUGCUAAACUUGAAAAGGCCGAAAUCCUACAACUGACUGUCGACCAUCUGAAAAUGCUUCAUGCUAAAGGUCUCGAUACCCUCGCCUAUGACCCUCAGAGGUACGCCAUGGAUUACCACAGUAUUGGCUUCAGAGAAUGUGCAGCCGAAGUAGCAAGGUAUCUGGUUAGUUGUGAGGGCCUGGACAUCCAGGAUCCAUUACGGCUUCGACUCAUGAGCCACCUACAAUGCUUUGCUGCUCAGAGGGAGUUAGCAGCUAAGUCCGCGAACUGGGGCUACCCACAAUACCCCCCGGUACAACAUAGUGGGUUUGGCCAGGAUCCUUCAACAUCCACAGCGUCCAUUGCUCCAACAGCAGUUGCGGCCCCUCUGUCAGCGGCUCCAUCGUACCCUCACUAUCCUCCCGCUCCACCAGCCCCACCGGGGCCACCAGCGCCUCCUGGUCCCCACCCGGCACCAACAGCACCGCAUUACCCCGCUCCGUACCCUCAUCAUCCGCCACAUCACCAAUAUUCACAGAACAGCUCGAAACCGUAUAGGCCAUGGGGGGCCGAAUUAGCAUAUUAGAAUAUGAUAAGAAAGAACAAAUACGACCGCAAAAGUGUAAUUAAUUUGGUAAUGUGUUUUUGAAGGCUUUAAAUACUAGUCGAAGGCUAUUCGUACUCUUGUAAGUCGACCAUUUCAUGGUUUUUAAUAGAUAAUUGUACUAAAAUAUAUAAAGAAUGUGCAUCUCAUAUGUGUUUGGAAUUAGCCGAAAGACAUAACGACUGAUGUAAGAUAAGGUAUAGUUUUUAUUAGCAAACUGCGAUUCUAUUGUAAAAUUUAUAAUUCGUGGUAAGAAGAUAUAUUCAUUAUCUAACUAGAGUUAAAUUAGCUGAACCAUGUCUACGCCUUUUAAUGUAUGAGCUUCUAUUUUCCUAGUGUUAUUAUAAUAAUAAUACGGCAUGGAAAUACCCAGAAUUCUAAACUAAUUUCAAGAAUAGCGGUUGCUAACCACAAUCGAUAUAAUUUUGUUUAAUAAUAUUACGAGGAAUACGCGUCAAUACAAGUCAAAAAACAGUUAAAUGAAAAAAUUUACCGAAAAUAAUAAGAAACUCGAAAAUACAUUAAAAUAUGAUUGUAAUCAUAAAAUACAAUGCUAAUUCUAAUGUUCACAGACUAAAAUCAGUAAAAAUAACAAGUAUUCCCAAAAACAUGUUUUGUUUUGUCAUGUUGUAUUCUGGUCUUUUGUAUUUUUAAUCAUAUCUUUUAUAUGCCACCACGUGUUAAAGAUCUCAGAGUUUAUACCAAAUUAAAGACUGUUAUAUAUAGAUUGUGUGAUAUAAUAAUGGACCAAAAAUAAGCUUUAAUUGUGCCUCGAAGCUUUUAUCUUGGUUGUGAAUAGAUUUUAUAAUUAAUUUACACUUUUAUUGAAUUAAGCGACUGGAUGUUGUCGACCAGUCAAACCAGUGACAGCCCGAAGUUUGGAUAAUGUCGAGACGUUGUGUAUAUCCUUAGUUAAUAUCUAUCUAUCUAUCUAUUAGCCCGUUUCAGGGUCAGACGUCAUCGCAGUGUCUUGCAUCUUUAAUUACAAUAUACAUGUCAAAAAUUCCAAUUUAAUUCAUUAAAAGUGUAUUUUAUUUCAAACAAAAGCGUAAU